AUGUCCACGUUUUCCCACGCUGAUGUUAACGUGGAUAUACCACCGUCGACUUUAUUGGAAGAUCUCCGAGAUAUGGUGGAUGAUCCAACAUGGUCUGAUGUGGUGUUUGAAGUGGAGGGGAAGAAGGUGUAUGCUCAUAAGAUGCUAUGCGUGAGAUGCCCUUAUUUCCAGGCGAUGUUCUCACGCUCUAUGAAUAUGAAGGAGUCUACUAUGUCGAUUGACGAGUGCAUCCCAAUACAAGGGGGAGUCACUCAUAGGGCUUUCAAGGGAGUGUUGGAGUUCCUGUAUACGGAUGAGGUCCACGAGUUGACUGUGGAUUCCGCGAUGGACCUGUUUGUUACAGCGGACCAGUUUGGAAUAGACAGACUUAAGAAGAUUUGUGAGAAGGAGAUAUUACAGAGUAUCAACAUCGAUAACGCCCCUACGAUACUGCAGGCAGCCGAUAUGCAUGCAGCAAGUGGAUUACGAAAGCGUUGCUUAGACUUUAUACUGCGGAAUUUUGACUCAAUAAGUAAAACGACGGCAUUCGAGGAGAUGGGCAGGAAUAAUGUGGAACUUUUAUUAGAGAUAUUACGCAUGCGGUGA